AUGGAGAAUUCACGAGAUUCUGCACACGCCCGGUCCUCGAGCACUGAUGCGGGGAAUGGUAGAGGUCGGGAUGAACAAAGCACGACACUGGAACCAGGACACUACGCUCCAUCGAGAGGCCUAGAUUUCAGCCCGGACGAGGAAAAUGUGCCUGCUAAGAAGGACCGUCGUCUCUCGCGACUACUAUCGCUAUCUAGAGCUAGCUCUAUAUCAAGCAACGCAUCGAACCCAGCGGGCCUAGAUCGCUCGAGGGACCGCGAUAGAAGCCCACGAGAAAUUCCAAGCUCUCCUGGUCCAUUUGUUAGAUUAUCCAACAUGUUUUCUAGAAAUGGUUCUAAGAAGAAUGAGAGAAAUCUCGAGGAGUUGCGGAAAACGUUGCAAGAUGGGGACGAUUUAUCGGAAGAGCAACUCGAUCAAUUUUCGACAGCUGAUUUAAGAGGAACGGAUAGCGAUGGAAAGACCCUUCUCUAUUUUGCUGCAGAGAACAACUGCAUAGACACUGUGCGAGUCCUUCUUUCAAAAGAAGUCGACGCUGCUAAGAAAGAACGCCGACUUGGAUGGGCAGCUCUGCACGUAGCGGCCCACAAUGGUCACGAGGAAGUGGUGGAACUCCUGAAGGACUCUCCCUCGAAGCUGGAGAUUGACGCAAAAGAUUUAGAUAGGCGCACCCCAUUGCUCCUGGCGGCAGCGAGUGGCCAUACAGUUGUGGUACGGGCUUUGAUAGCAGCUGGCGCGGAUUUCAACGCCAAAGACGACUUCGAUCGGACGCCCCUUCAGUGGGCGGUCGAGGGGGAUCACCGAAAAGUCGUCGAAGAACUGCUUAAGCAAGGAAAAAGGUUAGACAUUGAGGCUAUGGAUAUAUUCGGCCGGUCCGCCUUUUGGAGAGCAGCUUGGAGAGGCUAUGAGGACAUUGUCGAGUUGCUCCGUGACGUUCAAUCACCUGAAACGCUCACCAGAACGGAUAAAAAUCAUCGCACUGCUCUACACGCGGCGGCCGAAAAUGGACACACGCGAGUUGUCAGGACACUUCUCGAUAACUCCGAUUUCAAAUAUCGGGUAGGAUACAAGGACCUCGAGGAUCAGACGGCAUUGCACUUGGCAGCCAAAGAGGGACGAAUCUCCGUGGUUCGCCUGCUUCUGGCCGUGGACACAAACAUGGACUCUAGUCUUAUAGAUGCAAGAACAACAGCUGGCAAAACUGCAGAGGAACUUGCCAUCGAUAACGAUCAUGAGAGGAUCGCACAAUUGCUUUUCGAUAAGCGAAGGGAACUUAAGCGAAAUGAAAAAAAUGACGAAAAGUCGGGGCGAAUUUCCAUGAUGGAAGAGCUCGCAGCCUACAGUACUAGUCAGGCCGAAGCCCCGGCCAAAAAACUGGCUCUUCGAGUGGCAGUUGAGGAAGGGAAAACGGAGGUGGUGUGGCAAUUGCUUAAGGAGAAAGUUGGCGUCGAUACUGGAACAUCCAACCAAAAGUCUCUACUCCAUCUGGCGGCCGAGCGGGGCCACGAAGAGAUCUUGACUUUGCUUCUUAAGGAGACCAAGAAAGUCAAUGUACAAGAUCGGAAUGGCUUGACACCGUUACAUCUUGCCGCACAGAGAGGUUACGAUAAGGUGGUGAAGCAGUUGGUGGAUCAAGGUAAAGCCGAUGUGGACAUUCGGGACAGAAUUGGGCAGACAUCCCUACAUCUCGCGGCUGCAAAGGGGUUAACACCAGUGGUAAAAUUCCUAUUAAGUAAAGACGAAGUCGAUGCGGAUGCAGAGGACCGAGAUGGGCAGACACCGUUACACUUAGCGGCAGCAAAUGGAGAGUUGGAAGCAGUGAAAGCACUUCUGGGAGAAAACGAAGGCAAUUCCUCUAGUGGUACAGAAAAGACCGGGCAGACCGCCUUUACCGACGCAGAGGAUCUGCACGGGCAGACUGCAUUGCAUCUAGCAGCUAAAUAUGGACACACCGAUGUAGUCAGGGCACUCCUUGAUGGAUUCAAACCGAAUAAGGCAGAUAUCAACUAUCGAGACCAUGAUGGAGCUACACCGUUACAUUUGGCAGCUGCAAACGACAAGAAAGAAGUAAUUCGAUUGCUUCUCGAGAGAAAAGCGAAAAGCGAUAUCAAAGACGAUUUCGGAAACCCGGCUCUAAGUACUCACCAGGAUGCCGAGGACACUCAAGGCUCUCCUGAACAGGGUCAAACGGAAAAGGAAGGGGAAGAGGAAGUUCCCACUAACGAUAUUGCUGGUACGCUGGAUCAAAAUGGUCAAACUGAAGCUGCUACGGCCGUGGAUACUCAUGCUGUUUCUCACGAUGCCUGA